AUGACAGCCUUUAUUAGCGCAGAGUCAUAUACGAUAGGGUGGAUUGCCGCGCUCCCCAUCGAGCGUGCGGCCGCGACAGCCCAGCUCGUUGACCGCCACGAACCACCAACAGACUUUAACCAACAUCCAUCAGAUACAAAUUCAUACACAUGGGGUUGCAUCGGCAAGCACAAUAUUGUCAUAGCAUCGCUUCCAGCCGGCGUAUAUGGCACGACGGCUGCAGCGACGACAGCGUCAAACCUGCUCGCAUCCAUGCCCGCAAUCAAAAUCGGGCUCCUCGUUGGAAUUGGGGGUGGAAUUCCUCGGCACCUGGAUCAGGACGUUCGGCUAGGCGACGUGGUUGUCAGCCAGCCCAAGGAAACUACUGGCGGUGUUAUUCAAUAUGACCUUGGUAAGGCAAUGGCUAAUAAUAAUUGGCGACCAAAAGGUAUGCUGAACAAGCCCCCUCCGGUUUUGCUCAGCGCGCUAGCCGCCUUACAGGCGGAACAUGAGAUGACUGCGCCGAAGAUUCCAAGUCUCCUCGAAGCGAUGUGGUCUAAAAUGCCACAGAUGAAGAAGCCCAGAAAGAAAGAACCUGGGUAUGUUCAUCAAGGGUGUGAGAAUGAUCGGCUCUUCUCGCCCGCAUAUGAACAUAUCGAUGGACACACCUGUAACAACUGUCAUCUAUCAGAAGAGAUCAUACGUGCUAAACGGGAAACAACAGACCCCGAAAUUCACUACGGCAUCAUCGCCUCCGGAAACACACUUGUCAAGGAUGCUAGCACUCGGGAUAAGAUCGCAGAGUCUGCAGGGAGCGAAUGCCUCUGUGUUGAAAUGGAAGCUGCUGGCUUGAUGGACCAUUUCCCUUGCUUGGUAAUCAGGGGGAUCUGCGACUAUGCUGAUUCCCACAAGAAUGAUCAAUGGCAGCGCUAUGCAUCGGCUACUGCGGCAGCCUAUGCGAGGGAACUCUUGGAAUAUGUGCCAGCAACAAUGCUUGAGAACACAACGCGAGCUAUAGAUAUACUAAACUCCGUCAGUAGAGAUGUAAAAGGCAUCCAAUCGUCAGUGGCUGAAGUACAAGCGGGGAUACAGACCCUCGGUAAGACGGUGCUUAAUACUCAUGAAACCAUGGUCUUCGACCGACUCUGCGUUGCGGAAGGUGCCUCAUUCGACUCCUAUGCUCAAGAACAUAAUCGAUAUUGCUUGCCGAAUACACGAGUGGAACUGCUCGCGCAAAUCGCGAGAUGGACCAAAGACCCAAGUGCAGAGCCAAUCUUUUUGUUAAUGGGAAUGGCCGGCACGGGGAAGUCAACAAUUUCUCGCACUGUGGCAAGGUCUUUAGCCGAAAGCCGUCAACUUGGUGCCUCAUUCUUUUUCAAGAAAGGAGAGUCUGAUCGAGGGAGCCUGUCUAAGUUCUUCAUGACUAUUGCAGCUGAUUUGAUUGCGAAGCGGCCAUCGACCGCUUCUCAUGUUGCAGCGGCUCUUAGUGCGGACCAUUCGAUCACCACGAAGAAUUCUACCGAGCAGUUUCAGAAGUUUCUACUUGAACCGCUGUCAAAGUGCGAUAUGGAAGAAGGACCUGCCGUUAUCAUUGUUGAUGCACUAGACGAAUGCUCCCAACACGAUAUCAAGACCUUUCUUUACUUAGUUUCUCGGUUUGAGACUGAAUUGCCUGAACGCGUCAGAAUGUUCCUGACUAGCCGACCAGAGGAGCCUUUUCGUUCUCAGUUUGAGGUCAGGAGGAAAAAUUAUCGCGUCAUCUUGCAUGAGAUACCUGAACCUGUGGUUAAACAUGAUAUCGAUGUUUUUCUGAGAUACGAGCUAUCUGAAAUUCGGGCAGAGUUUAAUAGCCGGGUACCAGAAGACCGACACCUCACCGUAGACUGGCCAAGCCAAUCUAGUUUCGAAAGACUUGUGAAUAUGGCUGUUCCGCUCUUCAUUGUUGCCGCCACUAUUUGCCGCUUUGUCAGUGACAAAAGAAUUGGAACACCGAGGAAACUGCUGGACAGAAUGCUCUCUCGAUCUGGCGACAGGCUGCCGCAACUAGAGACAAACAUACCAGUCUGUCUUGGACAACCUGAUACCGGCAGAGGCUUUGGUUGGCCAACAAGAAGAAAUUAUCCGCGAAUUCCGUCACAUUGUUGGGCCUAUUAUUCUUCUCGCGAGUCCUUUAUCAACAUCUUCAAUGGCGGAACUACUGGGCAUAUCCAAGGACGACAUUGA